AUGAAUUCAAUUAAAAUCAGUGCGAUUUGCUCGCGCUGCAAUAAUUAUUUGCUACCAAAACAGAUUGCCGGAAUUAGUGACCUUAACAAUCAUCUUAAUGUGAACUUGUGUAGAAGGUUUACAACUCCGUCUGGUAUACCAGGAUCUGGAGCAGGAAAGGGCGGAGGCAGCGGAGGAUCUGUCAGGGAAUCCGGCGGAGGCCUCGGCAAAUACGGAGCAGCCCAAGAAGAUAGUUACUUUUACGACAAACAGAAGGAGCAACUGGAAAAAAUCAGAAAGAAAUUGAAACUGAACCCUGAAAUAUCCCAGAAAGAAGACAAAUAA